AUGGUGUUUACACAAAAGACUGUCAGCUUGAGCCAAGGGCCAGACCCAAGAACCUCGAUCCAAAAGGAAAGAGCUGAACAAAAAUUUGACCCACAAGAAAUGCAAAUCUUCUUGGAGGGUUCCAAAGAAAGAGCCGAACUCAUCAAGUCAUUGGUGCAACAGAUGGAAAGAGACCCAAUCUUGUGGACAGAUGGCUCCUACUACGACAUGACAAAGGAACAAUUGAGAGAACAAACCGCAUUGAAGAUUAACAGAGUCUCUAGGUAUUUGGAGACAGACUCCAUCGAUGUCUUUAACAGAAGAUUAUCCAUUAUUGGUGUCUUUGACCCAUCAGUCACCACCAGAAUCGGUGUCAACUUGGGUUUGUUUAUCUCUUGUAUCAGAGGUAACGGUACUUAUGAACAGUUGAAAUACUGGGCCUUGGACAAGGAAACCGCCCACAUCAAAGGUAUCUACGGUUGUUUUGGUAUGACUGAGUUGGCCCACGGUUCAAACGUUAUGGGUCUCGAGACUACUGCUACUUUUGACAAAGACAAUGACGAAUUCAUCAUCAAUACCCCGCACAUUGGUGCUACCAAGUGGUGGAUUGGUGGUGCUGCCCACUCUGCUACUCACUGUACAGUUUACGCAAGAUUGAUUGUUGAUGGCGAAGAUUAUGGUGUCAAGACCUUUGUUGUGCCAUUGAGAGACUCAAACCACGACUUGAUGCCAGGUGUCACCGUUGGUGACAUUGGUGCCAAGAUGGGUAGAGAUGGUAUCGAUAACGGUUGGAUCCAAUUCUCAUCGGUUAGAAUCCCAAGAUUCUUUAUGUUGCAAAAAUUCUGUAAAGUUGACAGAGACGGAGACGUUAUCUUGCCUCCAUUGGAGCAAUUGUCAUACUCUGCUUUGUUGGGUGGAAGAGUUAUGAUGGUUAUGGACUCAUACAGAAUGUUGGCCAGAGUCUCCACCAUUGCAUUGAGAUAUGCCAUUGGUAGAAGACAAUUUAAAGGAGACAAUGUCGACCCAGAUGACGAGGAAGCAUUGGAGACACAAUUGUUGGACUACCCAUUGCACCAAAAGAGAUUGUUGCCAUACUUGGCUGCAGCAUAUGUUGUCUCUGCCGGUGCCUUGGAGGUUGAAAGAACUAUUGAAGCCACUUUGUUGGAGUUGGAUGACGCAGUUGAUGAAAAUGACGAGGCUGGAAUCAUGAAGGCCAUUGACGCUAUGAAGUCAUUGUUUAUCGACUCUGGUUCCUUGAAGUCUACAUGUACUUGGUUGGCUGCUGAAGCCAUUGACCAAUGUAGACAAGCUUGUGGUGGCCAUGGUUACUCUGCAUACAAUGGUUUCGGUAAAGCAUACAAUGACUGGGUUGUGCAAUGUACUUGGGAAGGUGACAAUAAUGUUCUUGGUAUCAACAUUGGUAAGCCAUUGGUUAAGCAUGUUAUUGCCAUUGAAGAUGACGGUAAGGUUGUUAAAGGAUCUUCAGACUUUUUGAACCAAUUGAAGGAAUUUACUGGUAAAGAAGGUUCUGAAAAGGUUAUCUUGGACAAUGCUGCUGAUAUCGAAGAUGUCAAGAAGGUGAUUAAGGCUAUUGAAGUUGCCAUCAUUAGAGCAUCAUACACUGCUGGUAAGACUGUUAGAGAAAAGUCAUUUGACUAUGUGGGAGCUGAAUUGGUUAUCAUUUCCAAACUUAAGGCUCACCACUACUUGUUGACUGAAUACGUCAAGAGAAUUGAUGAGUUUGACCAAGAGGACAAGAAACCAUACUUGUACCAAUUGGCUCAAUUGUACGGAGCCACCAUUGUGUUGGACAAAUUUGCUGGUACAUUUUUGGCCUACAAUGUCAUCUCCACCAAGGCCACUGCUGAAUUGGCUAGUCAAGUUAUUCCAAAACUCUGUUCUGCUAUUCGUCCAAAUGUUGUUGGUCUUACUGAUUCAUUCCAACAAUCUGAUAUGAUGAUCAAUGCACCAAUUGGUAGAUACGAUGGUGACAUUUACGAAAACUACUUUGACUUGGUUAAGGUAUUGAACCCACCAAAGAACCACAAGGCUCCAUACUCGGCUGCUCUCGAGGCAAUGUUGAACAGACCAUCAUUGUCUGAAAGAGAAAGAUUCGAAAAGAGUCUUGAGACUGGUGAAAUCUUGUCCAAGUAA